AUGUCUGAUCCCGAUGAAGUUUAUGAUACCACCGGCCCAAGGGGAGGUGCUGAUGGUGAUGAUAAUGAUGAUAGCAGUUCUGGCGGCAAGUGGCGUGCCUUUGCUGAUAUCGGCCCGUCCCUAACAGACCAUUCGGAUGCUUCAAAGGACCGUCCAUGGGCUGAGGCUAGGGUCAGGGUUGGGCACCAGGAUCGGGAGGGUUCGGUGUCAGCCGCUGACGCCCUGGACCAGGAGCUGGGUGAACUGCUUAACGAGAUCUCGGAGCCUGUUGGGCAUGGUCCUCCUACUGUGGCAACGUGUAACACUGCACUGCCCAACCUGGCACUGCAGCGGGUGGAACCGGAGUGCUCCUUUGAGGACAUGGCGGACAUGGCCGAGGCAGUGGCAUUGUAUGUCCAGCAGUUGACGAGGCGUUCUAUGGCUGGUAUUGUUGGUGGCGAGGUGGGGGUGUUGGAGGAGUCGGAGUCUGAGGACGUACAGUCGUACUCCUCGUCUUCGUCCUUGUCGAGUGAAAGCGUGGCUAUUGAUGACGAUACUAGCAGUCAGUUGGAGGGGUCGGAUGGGCCAGGCGAUGCUGUGAUUGAGGUCAGCAAUGGAGCCUCGGGGGCCUCAGCGUUGCCUCCACUACCGUCCAUGCCGCCCCCAGCUCGGCCAAAGAGUCAG